UCUUCUUCCAUUUGUCAUGUCGAAAAUGCCAGGUUAUGUUAAAGGUCCAAGAUAUUAGGUUAGGUUAAGUUGUAUCUUCGUUACAAGAAAAACUAGCGAUUACAUUUUUACCGUAUUUCUAAAGUAAUACAAUUCUGACUGCACAUAAAAAUGUUGUUGUUGAAACGUAGAUGCGAGGCGGGCCUCGUGCAAAAUGCUUUACCAAAAGCGCUGAACCUUCUUGCGGCGUAUUCAAGUGCCUCGGAAACUCCGAACGAACAAUUUCGCGUGUUGGAACUUUACCCGAAGUCUAGAAGAGGAGUCGCACAGGAGAAGCGGCAAAAGGCGCAACGGAUAAACGUUCCACCGCCCAGGACGAUGGAAAUGCCCGUCGACCAGGACUGGCCGUCGGUCUGGCCGGGUGCGCGAACUUUCCACCCGGCUUCGGUGCCCCUUCCGUUACGUCAAGGAUACCAGGAAAAGGACGCGCCGUUCGACAAAUACGCCAAUGCUGAGCUUAUGAAGAUACCAAAUUUCUUGCAUCUCACGCCACCUGCGAUACGAAGGCACUGCGAGGCGUUGAAACAGUUUUGCACAGAAUGGCCUACCGGUCUAGAGACCGAGGAGAAGUGUGCAAGACUUCCUGUCGAGAUCAUCACGUCCGACUACUGCUACUCCUCACCUACCAUAAGAGAUCCACUCACUAGGAUCGUGAGUCUACGAGUAAGGAUGUCUUCGCUUCACUUGGAUACACAUGCCAAAGACAAGCUGUUACGAUUGCUAGGAAACAAGUAUAAUCCAGAAACUGAUAUAAUAACGAUUACGGCCGAUAGAUGCCCAACUAGAAAACAAAACUUGGAAUAUGUGCGGUAUCUUCUCACAGCAGUGUUCCAUGAAUCUUGGAGGGUAGAACCAUGGGAAGCCGAGAAGUCGAUGGCAGACAUGGAAUACUUCGAUUGGGACACUAGCCAGAGUCGCAUAAACCUAGUAACGCUAUACAAAUGGCCCGAAACACCAACCGAUUAUGAUUACGAGACUAUUCCGCACGCAACAGAAUAUAAAAUUGCCGUGUCAGAUCUUAUAAACAACGGCGAGGAUGAAUACUCGAUCAAUAAGUAUAAAGAAGCUGUUAAAAAUUUGUUAAACCUUAAAUGCGAAAAUAAAGGUUGAAUUUUGAGCAUUGCAUAAAAU